AUGGAGACGAUUGUUGCCGCCCUAUGUCACACGCUGGUCUCUCAAGCGUCGGCAGCCAUGACGCACUUCCCCACCGCCGCUGCCGGGGCCAAUGAAAACCCGGCACAUCAGCAUCCUGCCACUGAUCCAGCGAUCAAGCUUGAUCCAACGGUUCACAUUGAUCCAGCAGUGCACGUGGAUCUCGUAUGUCUGUUCGACGGCCUGCCCACGUGGCUGCUGGCAACAGCUCGCAACCCCAACCGGAUAGCUUAUCAUGACUCAGCGCCAGUGUCAGCCGCAUGGGAGGGAAGCAUUCCCGUCCCCCCUGCCCUCCGCUCAUCGGAUCGCGGCAUUCGGCGUCGCAUUCUCUCUGCCCAAUCAGCAGCUGCCACGUGUCCCCCCGCAGCCAGGCCAGAGGCUGUGGUGGUGGUGUUUGGGAGGGGCGUGCGGGGGAGUGUGGCGGCGAUGGUGGUGAGGGACAUGGGGGGAGAGAGAGUGGUGGGGAGGGGCAUGGGGGAGAAAGGGAGGGAGAGUGUGGGGCGGAUGGUGGAAGUGGGUAUGGGGGAGGAGAGUGUGAGGGAGAGUGGAGGGAUUGCGGUUGAAAGAGAAAGAGUAUGUGGUAUGAUCAGUGGGGAAAACGGAGGGGAGAGAGAGGAGAUCAUGGAGGAGGGGGGCACGGUGGGUGGGCGAGGAGAUGCAAUGGUAGAAGAUGAGGAAGAGUGUAUGGAAAGGGAGGAGGAUGAGAUGGCUGACAUUUGGGAAGAGGAAGAUGAUGAGGAGGAGGAGGGUGAGGAAGAUGACUUUCGUGUGCUGGUUGGUUCAGAGGAGCAAAGGAGAUGGCGGGAUAGAGGAGAAGGAGGAGGAGUAGAAGGAGGAGGAGGGGGAGAAAAGGAAUGGUUGGGGAGUGCGAGCAUGCACUUUGAUAGGGAUGCGGGUACCUCACAUGCUGCUGACGUGGCGCAUGGUGUGUGGUUCCGUAUUUCCACGCGUGCCCUGCCAGAACACGUGGCAAGGCUGCUGGGCUGUCUGCCCACUCAGCCAAUUGCACGUGCUGGUGUGGCAGGAGAUGCGCGUGGCAGUACAGAUCCACAUGCACACCCAUCUGGCAAAACACCUGACGAAACACCUGAGGAAGGUGGUGUUUUUGAUUCAAAGGGGGCAGCUGGAGUGCUAAACCUGGAUGUGACAGCAGCGGUGGCUCUGGUAUCAGAGCUUUCACAUGGGGGCGCACAGCGAAUCGCAGGAUUGGCAGAACCAGACCUGCGGGCGAGGUUUGGAAACACAUGGCAAUUUAUGAGAGAUCAGGCACAGGCCGAGUUGGCCCAGCCUCAGCUGCAGCUUUUGCAGGAAUGUCUCGUCAACAAGGACUUGAUCAUGUGUGAAACGGCUUAUAAAGAGUUCUCUUCCAUCGUGGAUGUCAUUGCUGGACCCAGGGAGAAGCAGAGAGCUGCUGCUCUGUUUUCAGCGCAUGUCAGAGUGGUGCCGGAUCAGCCCUCCUCUCGACUGCUCUCCCUGCCCUCCACUGCACGAAUCAAGCAGCGCCACGUCAUCAUCUUCGGGACGGCCGACAUCUGGAGCUGCGCAACACUGUCUGCCAGCUCAGCAUUUGUUCGGGCGGCUCGCCAUGCUGGUGCAUUGGUGAGAGUGGUUGAGCACCGCCCGUGUGCGUUGAUGGGGGAGUGA